CUCUCGACAUCAGACGCCGUCUAUCUUUCUCUCUCUCUCUCGGCGAGAAACAUGCACGGAAGACCGAGGAAAUCUGCAACACCAGUAGACGAAAAUGCAUCAGCUCUCAAGGCUGCAAAGAUUCGAUCCCUUCAAACUCAGUUUCUCCAAAAUCAUCACAACAAUAUUUACACGAAAGAAGCCCUAGAACUCAAUGCUAAGCUUCUCGAGAUUAAUCCGGAGUUUAUGACCGCUUGGAAUUAUCGAAAACUGGCGUUUGAGCAUAAUAUUAGUAGUCAAUCAGAGGUCGAAAAGGCAGAUUCGGAUCACGUCAAAUCGAUUAUUGAUGAAGAACUGCGAGUUGUAGAGAAUGCCCUGAGGAAGAAUUUCAAGUCUUAUGGAGCUUGGGAUCACCGGAAAUGGGUGGUAAGCAAGGGGAAUUCUUCAACAGAGCGGGAACUAAAGCUUCUAAAUCUGUUCCAGAAGCAAGACACCCGCAAUUUUCAUGCAUGGAAUUACAGGAGAUUCAUAGCAGGGUUGAAGAACAUAUCAGAUGAAAAGGAGCUACAAUUUACAACAGAUAUGAUAAAUGAUAACUUCAGCAAUUAUUCUGCUUGGCAUAAUCGUAGUGUACUCUUAACUCAUCUGCUGGAGAAAAAGGUUGAAGGGUAUUUUCCAAAAGAGAUCUUUCUAACAGAAGAGUAUGAGUUUGUAAGAAAUGCUGUCUUUACCGAUCCAGAUGAUCAAAGUGGAUGGUUUUAUCAUCUAUGGCUUCUUGAUCAGACUGUUAAAGUUGACAUGCCUAUUAUGGUUUCUUCUUGGCCUCCUUGUGGUUCUGAUAUCAAUUUACCAAUAGCUAAUAAAGUGACAUUUCCCAUUGUUCUUUAUUUCAAUGAAACUGUUAAAGGCUUAAACUCACAUACAGUUACUGUUGAAACUGAGUCUGAUGUGUCUAAAGAUAUUACUUGGAGUCCACUUUCAACAAAUAAGUUUGGAUGUGGUCAAGCCUGGGUGAGACAUCUGAGUAUUCCCCAUGAAGAACUUAACUCAUCAAAGACUUAUGAAGUGAAAAUCAGGUCAGAAGAUUCUCAAGGGAUAACUUCUUUAUCUGGGGUUCCUUGUAGCCAGCCCUGGUCUUUUGCAUUUAGGGUUUCUGUAUGCCAUGAUCUGCAGCCUGAUGAAGGAAAGAGUUUUGGGAGGAUAACGUUCACAGAUGAAUCUUUUUGUACAAUUGACACAAGUUUGAAGAGUAUCCAAUUGUUUAAAUCAUAUUUUGAGGUGACAAAAAGUGAUGAUGAGCAUCCCACAUCUUCAAAAUGGAAGCUGGAGAUGAUAGCUAGUGAAAUAGCUCAAUACCAAGAAUUAUUGACUUGGGCAGAGUGUAAAAUUGGGAAGCUUACACUUGCGAGAUUAUUAAUGGCACAUGAUGCCAUGAUGUCAACUGGCACUUCAAUCACUCAUGCAGAGGAAGUUUUGGAACUAUAUUCUGAAUUAAUGAAAUUAGACCCUUCACAUUACCAAUAUUACAAGAAUGAACACAGCUUGGUUUUGUUAAAACAGAUGACUUCUUGCAUUGAAUCUUUACUGAAAUACUGCUGGCAAUAUAAAGAGUCAAAUUCUUUGAAUAUCACUGGUUCUAUAUGUUUAAGAUUGAAUUCUUUAUCAUUGUCACGAAUUGGGUCUUUUGAGAGGCUAUUGUGGGUGCAAAGUCUUGAUCUUAGCCACAACCAACUUCACUCUAUUGAAGGAUUGGAGGCUUUGCAGCUUCUCUCAUGCUUAAACCUUAGUCACAAUAAACUCGCGAGUUUCACAGCUUUAGAGCCUUUGAGAUUCUUGAAGUCACUUAAAGUCUUGAAUGUCUCCCACAAUGAGAUUGGUGCACACACUGUAGACACAAGACGAUAUUUAUGCUCAUCUCCCAUGUCACAUACACUUUCAUAUGAUCCAAAUUUUGAAGAAUUUGCUAAUGGUGAUGAUGCCAAAUUGGUCAACUUUUGGGAAGCAUAUUCGAUUUUUGGAGGCUUGAAUUUGAUGCAAUUAGAUAUAGUGGGGAAUGUGGUUGUUGAUGAAAGGUUUGUUUUGUUUUUGUUUAAAUUGUUGCCUCAACUUAAAUGGCUUGAUGGUGAAGAAUUACAUUAGUUAUAGUAAUUUGCUUACGUUUAUGUAUUCUAUGCAUAAUUUAUAUUGGAUUAAAUAUACAAGAAAUUGCAAC